CUAAAAUUGUAGCUACGCUUCGCAUCGCUGUAGUAUGGCACCAAGGAGAAUGGAUACGAAACCAGUGAUAACCUGCCUCAAAACCCUCCUCAUCGUAUAUUCCAUCGUGUUCUGGAUCACUGGGCUGAUCCUCCUGGCGGUGGGAGUAUGGGGGAAGUUAAUGCUGGGACCCUACCUCUCCCUGAUUGCUGAAAACUCCACCAACGCGCCAUAUGUCCUCAUCGGUACCGGCAUCACCAUCAUCAUCUUCGGCUUGUUUGGCUGCUCCGCCACCUGUCGUGGGAGUCCAUGGAUGCUGAAGCUGUAUGCCAUGUUCCUGUCUCUGGUGUUCCUGGCAGAGCUGAUUGCUGGCAUUUCAGGCUUUGUCUUUCGUCACGAGAUAAAAGGCGACUUUCUGAGGAUGUACAGCGAUGCCGUUCAGCACUACAAUUCCCAGGAUGAGAGGAGCCGGGCUGUGGACCAUGUGCAGCGCAGCUUGAAGUGCUGUGGAGUGUUUAACUACACUAGCUGGAUUAGCAGUGCAUACUACCCUGCUAGUGGCAUCCCUGCAAGCUGCUGCAUAACCCUAGCUGACUGCAACCCCCUGGACCUGCGCAACGCCACCAUUGGUCCCACCAAAGUGCACCAGCAGGGCUGUUACAAGCUGGUGAUCUCCUUCAUUGAGACCAACAUGGGCAUCAUUGCGGGUGUGGCAUUUGGAAUUGCCUUCUCACAGCUGAUCGGCAUGUUACUUGCCUGCUGUCUGUCACGCUUUAUCACUGCCAAUCAGUAUGAGAUGGUGUAGCAUGAGGCCACAGGAUGACGUUCAGGCCUACCUCACUGGGGAGAGGAACACUCUCGGAAUGCUAGCACAUAUUCCUUUUUUCUCUGCUUUGCCUGUCCCCUCUCUUCUUUGUAACUUAUUACAGUGCAUCAUCCCCUCGCGUGAGGUCAUGCAGUAAAAUCAGGCAUACUUUCAAGAGCUUAUGUUCACUAAAACCAAACAGCCCAAAGUAGCAGACCUGCCAGCAUGUCUGGCCCUCAUACACAGCAUGGUCAUAGUGGUGUAUGCAGUGCUGCUGCAGUCUGCUGUUUCUUUUGGAGAACAUUGACCUCAUUUCUAUGAAAAUAAGAAAACAAAACAAUUUUCCACCCAUUAUCUUUUGUAGACUAAAUAUUGAAAAAAAUAAAUAAAAAUAAUAUUUAAAGAUACUUGAAAACAAACUAUUUUAAUAAUGUUGUGUUUGAUGGGAAUUGUAGUCCUAGAUGUGAAGCAGCAGCCUUUUCUCCUGACACAUGCCACACAUCUGCAUUUUGCUGCUGCUGUAUUUUGAGUAUAUUUCAGGAUUAAUAUCAGUCAAACAAAAGCUGGAAGAGAUGCUGCAUAGGGAUGCAUUUUGUUGCUUUUUACACCUCUUUGAUGUGGCUGUGUAUGGAGGGGUUCGGUCAUCAGUGACCUCCUCCACUCUGUCUCAUUCCCUCCAGAGAUAUUAUUUGGGUAGGUUUUUUAAAACAAUGUCAUAGGUUUGGAUGUACAGCCUAAACUUUACACCACCCUACUGGUCCUUUCUUUAUUCCAUCAUGCUGCUCCUUACUUUAUCAUACUCUACAUUUCUUUUCACACAUUACUCAGUGUACUCUACCUGUUCAGCUCUAUCUGAAUUGUACUGUCUUAUGGCUGUGCCAGGAGAUAAUUUCAGUCUACAGUCUACAGUCUACAGGGGCUGUUUUUCCCCCCUGGUUCUUCACAUAAACCUGGAGAGACCUGGUAGUGGUAAUGAGGCAGUCAAUCUCAGUGUCAUCACCAAACUCACUCAAACCAAGAGCCAGACUUGCUCAAAAUGAGAGACUGGUUGUGGCCUGAAGAGGUUGUAGCACUGUGAUCAGUGUCACUGAUGGGGAGAAGAAGGGAAGGAAUAUCACUGCAAUUUUCUUAUCUCUGUACUGAUUCUCAUGCAGUUGUGUCACUCUGAAUGGAGAGCCAUUAGGGAUGAUCUGUAUACUCCAUCCAUAUGACACAUUUUGAAGUCUGAAGUCUCUCAGGAACAGCCUAUCACAUGGUGUAUUCUAAAUAGAAACUGCAGUUGGCCUGUUUGCUUAUAGGGUGGUAUUGCCCAGGGCAUGAAAUAAUGUCACAAAUACUGAGAAAAAUUACCAGAGGGGAGAUAUUUGAGUAAGGAGCCUGAUUGGCUAAGAGGAACCCUACGGGGUGACAAGGGUACCAGAUGUAGAUAAGGGUGCAGUGGCAGAAAGGGAGAGAGAUACCUCAGCCUUACCAUGCAAAAAAUGAAAAGAAAUAAACAGAUGUGAGAUCUCCCUUUAUGAUAAAGAGAUACUUUGUGACCUAUGUUUCAAUAGGAAAGUUGUGGAAAUUGCAGCAUCACUUCUGAAAUCUUGUCCUGUUUGAACUGAGCAUCAGUGGGCUGGGUAGGAGCGUUUGAGAAUUGGUAGAGCUCUGAAAGCACUGAAGUCAGUGGCGCUAGAAUGUGUUUCAUUAAGCUGUUAUGUAACUCAGACUGGGGGAAAUUCACUAUGUGGCCCAGUAGCUCUGUCUGUGUGGUUAUUGCCCCAUUGUGAAGUGCUCAUGGCAACCACAGUCACCUGGUUUGUUUUAGGUGGAUUAGGUGUAUUACAGUACAGGAAAGCCUAGACAAAAUUGUUAAGGACAGAUAAAUUACACAUAAAGAAUACAUUUUUCCAAAAAUGUUUUCAAUUUUUUCACCA